CCUAAUGAACAUAAUAUGGUGGGUAGGUUAUCCUCUUACAUUUGUUGGCUGGGCGGCUCAGGGGAGGAGUGGAGAGUGAGUAAAAGAGGAGGGAAAAGCUGUGCUGGGGUUUCACUCUGAGUGCACUCUGUCUACCAAGCUGCAGCUCCUCUCUCCCUCUGUUGCUCCAAACAGAAAGCUAAACAGAUGUUUAAAGUUUCGUUUUUCAUUCAAGCUGGUUCCCCUCUAUAUUGCCCUCCCUUUGUGUCUCUCUCUCUGGAUGUGUUGUGCCAAAGUGCAGUGCUGUUGAGUGCUUUAUUGUGCUUGACUAUAUAUAUAUACUGAGGCAAAAAUAUAAGAAUAAGACAAAACUUACAGAGUACACAAGGUGGAAGCUGCAUUUCCAUUGUCUCCAGGCAUGAACUCUCUACCAGCUUACUCAGGAGCUAGAAUAUCUGGCUGUUGGACACUAAGAUCUGAUGGCAGUGGAGGUGGUGAGGGAUCACUGGACCGUCUUCUCCCCUCGGUAAGCACGGGUCUGUCGCCUAGGAAAAGGACCACUAGCCAGUGUAAGUCUGAGCCUCCUCUCCUACGCACCUCCAAACGAACCAUCUACACCGCUGGACGCCCACCCUGGUACAACGAACAUGGAACACAGUCCAAAGAGGCCUUUGUCAUUGGUCUUUGUGGUGGGAGCGCUUCGGGAAAGACAACUGUGGCCAGAAAAAUCAUUGAAGCUCUAGAUGUUCCAUGGGUUGUACUACUCUCAAUGGACUCUUUUUACAAGGUCCUGUCCCCAGAUGAGCAGACUCUGGCUGCCAGUAAUGACUAUAACUUUGACCACCCUGAUGCCUUUGACUUUGAUUUGCUGACACACACCCUGCGCAAACUCAAACAGGGCAAGAGCGUGAAAAUCCCUGUGUAUGACUUUACAACUCAUGGGAGACAGAAGGAGUGGAAAACUGUAUAUGGAGCCAGUGUUAUCAUCUUUGAGGGAAUCAUGGCCUUCGCAGAUAAAGAGCUCCUGCAGUUGCUGGACAUGAAGAUUUUCGUGGACACAGACUCUGACAUCCGCUUGGUGCGACGGUUGAGGAGGGACAUUACAGAAAGAGGACGAGAUAUCGAAGGUGUCAUCAAACAAUACAACAAGUUCGUCAAGCCAGCGUUUGAGCAGUACAUUGAGCCCACCAUGCGCCUGGCUGAUAUUGUGGUGCCACGUGGUGGUGGCAACAUGGUGGCCAUUGAUCUGAUCGUGCAGCAUGUCCACAGUCAGCUGGAGGAGAGGAAACUUCGCUGGGAUAUGGCAGCCCUUGCAUCUGCACACCAGGCCCAACCCCUCCCCCAGACCCUCAGCGUUCUAGAGAGCACACCCCAGGUCAGGGGUAUGCACACCAUCAUCAGAAACAAGGAAACCAGCCGCGAUGAGUUCAUCUUCUACUCCAAGAGGCUGAUGCGUCUGUUGAUCGAGCGAGCGCUCUCCUUCCUCCCCUCACAGGUCCACACAGUCCAGACCCCCCAGGGAGAGGAUUAUGAAGGCAGGACUUUCCAUGGGAAGAGGAUCACAGGUGUGUCCAUCCUGCGAGCCGGGGAGACCAUGGAGCCAGCUCUGAGGGCUGUCUGCAAAGACGUCCGCAUCGGCAAGAUCCUCAUCCAGACCAACCAGGACACAGGAGAACCAGAGCUUCAUUACCUGCGUCUUCCAAAAGACAUCAGCGAAGAUCAUGUGAUUCUGAUGGACUGUACUGUGUCCACUGGAGCUGCUGCCAUGAUGGCUGUACGAGUCCUGCUGGACCAUGAUGUUCAGGAGGAAAAGAUCCUGCUUGUGUCUUUGCUCAUGGCUGAAAUGGGAGUCCAUUCAGUGGCCUACGCAUUUCCACAGGUCAAAAUCAUCACCACAGCUGUCGACAAGAAGGUCAAUGAUCUCUUCCACAUCAUACCUGGCAUAGGAAACUUUGGGGAUCGAUACUUUGGAACAGAUGCACCCCCUGACUGGAGCGACGAAGAGAUGGAUGAGCCCAGUUACUGAUGAAAUUAUUGGCAGUGCACUCACUUAUUGGGAGAUUCAGGGCAGUGCCCCUCUGAGGACAAUAUGAGGAGAUACUCUUUGCUUCUGUCACACCAUAACAGUUGUCCUUCAUAGGCCAACCAAGGGUGCCCUGAAAAAUAAACUGAAUUGGGCAGACGUUGUUGAUGUACAGUCACCUUGUUGAAAUUUUAAAUUAUAUUAUUAAUGUAAAUACUGUUGUGAAAAGUGGUGUUAUGAAGUCUGGUAUAUUUUUAUAUGUUCAUUAAGUUAUAAAGUCCAAAUGUUUAUUUGGUUUUUAAAUUCUGACAAUCUCUGUAUUGAAAUUUGCAGACAUGUUGUUUUUAAAAAGAUAUAUUUAGCCUUAAGCCGUGUACUGUGGACGACACAACUGAAUGUAAAUUUGCACAUUGUAAAAGACAAAAAAAAAGCAAGCUUUUAAGGUUAUUUUUAUCUCAUACCUUCCUCACAAUUUUCACAAAAGUAAAAUCAGAACAUGAAUUCAUGUUGCUCAACUUCCAUUGCCAUGAGCAGUUUCUGAAGGACCAUUCAAUUGGAAAAUAUGUAGGUGUAUCUGUUUUUUGUUUUUGUUUUUUUUUAAGUCUCUGGUUCAGCCUUCCCUUCUUUGUGGAUGCUGACCUAACCAGUUGAAAAGGAUGUUGAAACCCGGUUUUCAUUAUACAGCUCAAAGUACGCACUUGUGUGUAUUUAUGCAGUAUGUCCUUCAUUUACAUAUUUUUUACAAUGGACAGACUUCGCCAGUGAAAAGGCAAGUCAUACAUCCUUUUACUCCUACGAAAAUGGGUCAUGUGCAUUUAACAAACACAGAUUAAGUGUUUAUUUCAGUCCCACAUGUCCUGAUUUAUGCCUCUUUUUUUCAUGCAGUAGAUGGGAUUGUUUAUUUAUUGUUAAUUUAAAAAAAAAAGGGCUGUUGAGUUGUGGAUGCAUACGAACUCAGAACAUGUCAAAAAAGUGUCCUGUUAGUGCCUGCCCUUUUUACAUGGUAUCGGUAUUGAAACAAAUGAGAUCUGUUUGUUAAAGUUAGUGCCUGUUUAAUAUUGCCUUGCUCUGCGAAGGAUAAUUUUGACGGUUCCCUAGACGUGUGGUCGCAUUCCACAAUAUUCAUCCACAUGGUUAUCUGAACUGAUGAAAUGAGACAUCAGAAGGAGAGUGUUGCAGUUCCUUCCCUAUUGAGUUACUUUCAUAUGAUGUUCUCUUAUACAAGUUAACAAUUAAUUAUCAAAAUACUGUAUUUUUUUUUAAUUGCUCAUUUGCUUUACUGAGAAAAAGGAAAUGUACAACAUUAAGAGAAAAACAUGAAAUUGAACGUACUGUAGAAUAUAUCCUGAAGACAACUGUUAGCAAGUCUUUCUGUGCUGAAAAUCCAUCGAUUGUGUUUGACUGUGUGCUGUUUUUUGUGUGUGACUCUUCUGCUGCAUGUUUUUUUAUAUAUUUAAUA